AAAGGAGCAACCUGAAGAAAAGAAAAACCCUAAUUCGCUGUCUAUAUAAAAGCUUAAAACCCGUACCAUUUGCAAUCUGUUUCGCUUCAGUCGUAAAAAAUGUCUAAGCGAGGACGUGGAGGGUCAGCUGGAAACAAGUUCAGGAUGUCACUGGGUUUGCCAGUGGCAGCCACAGUGAACUGCGCUGAUAACACUGGUGCUAAGAACCUUUAUAUCAUCUCUGUGAAGGGAAUCAAGGGCCGCCUUAACCGUUUGCCAUCUGCUUGUGUCGGAGAUAUGGUUAUGGCUACUGUCAAGAAAGGGAAGCCAGAUCUCAGGAAGAAGGUCUUGCCUGCUGUCAUUGUGAGGCAGCGCAAGCCCUGGCGCCGAAAGGAUGGUGUUUACAUGUACUUUGAAGACAAUGCUGGUGUCAUCGUGAAUCCAAAAGGAGAGAUGAAAGGUUCUGCCAUAACUGGUCCAAUUGGAAAGGAGUGUGCUGAUCUAUGGCCAAGGAUUGCAAGUGCAGCAAAUGCCAUUGUUUAGGAAUUCUAAGUUGUGGAAGAUUGUUUCUGCUUCUUUCGACUGAGUAUAGUGUGCUGGUUCAAUACUUGGUGUUUGUUUCUAAAUUAAUAGAUUUUGGAUGGUUUUGAUUUGAUUUUGGAUUUGAAAAUGAAUGUACUUUAUGGAAGCCCCUCAAAUUUUUAUUCA